GCUUCGGUUGCAUGCACACAAAGCGUUCGAACCGCGUUCGUUAGUAAAGAUAAUAUGUGAAGCAAUUUUUUUCUAUUUAAAGUGUGAAGUAAUUAACAAGUAUAAACUUGUCUAUUCGCCAUGAAUUUAAAAGUAAUAUUUGUAAAUUUUUUACUCCUUUUUGUAUACGGAAACGCAACGCCUCCUGUAAGUUUUGAGGCAAAUCCCGAUACGAAACGUCUUUAUGAUGAUUUACUAAGUAAUUAUAAUCGCCUCAUUCGCCCGGUUGUCAAUAAUACUGAAACAUUAACAGUAUGGUUGGGCUUAAAGUUAUCUCAACUCAUUGAAGUCAAUUUAAGGAAUCAAGUGAUGACCACUAACCUUUGGGUUAAACAGCGUUGGUUCGAUUACAAACUACGAUGGGACCCAGAGGAGUAUGGUGGCGUCGAACAACUUUAUGUGCCAUCCGAACACAUUUGGGUGCCAGAUAUAGUGCUCUACAACAACUGGGAUGGCAAUUAUGAGGUAACACUCAUGACAAAAGCAACACUAAAAUAUACCGGCGAGGUCUUCUGGGAGCCGCCAGCUAUCUACAAGUCAUCCUGCGAAAUGAAUGUCGAAUAUUUUCCUUAUGACGAGCAAAUUUGUUUCAUGAAAUUCGGUUCAUGGACAUACAAUGGCGCACAAGUGGAUUUGAAGCAUUUGGAUCAGGUUCCUGGUAGUAAUCUCGUGCAAAUUGGAAUUGAUUUAAGUGAAUUUUACUUAUCGGUCGAAUGGGACAUCCUAGAAGUUCCUGCAACUAAGAAUGAGGAAUAUUAUCCAGACACAUUGGAACCAUUUUCAGAUAUAACUUUUAAACUCACAAUGCGACGUAAAACAUUAUUCUACACCGUUAAUUUAAUUGUACCUUGUGUGGCAUUAACAUUUCUCACAGUUUUGGUCUUUUAUUUACCCAGCGAUUCCGGCGAGAAGGUUACGUUAUGUAUUUCAAUUCUUGUGUCGCUGACUGUGUUCUUCUUGCUGUUGGCCGAAAUUAUUCCGCCAACAUCAUUGGCCGUGCCAUUACUUGGCAAAUAUCUACUAUUUACAAUGAUCCUAGUAUCAUUGUCCGUAUGGACAACUGUUUGUGUAUUAAAUAUACACUUUAGAUCGCCAUCAACACAUAACAUGUCGCCACUUGUACGUAAACUAUUUUUACAUUUUAUGCCCAAAUUGAUGAUGAUGCGGCGCACGCAAUAUACACUGCCCGAUUAUGAUGAUUCCACACCUAGCAAUGGCUAUACAAAUGAAAUCGAUGUGCGCAGCGAUAGUAUUAGCGACUUUCCCAGUGAGUUCAAGGAUAGCCAAGAGAGUCCAUACGAUAAUGGUGUACAGCAAUCGAUUGAUUCUGACAAUGUGAUACCGCGUAAUUUGACGCCCGAAGUGCUACAGGCUUUACGCGCUGUGCGUUUUAUUGCGCAGCAUAUUAAAGAUGCCGACAAGGAUAAUGAGAUUGUCGAAGAUUGGAAAUUCGUCUCCAUGGUAUUGGAUCGUUUCUUUCUCUGGACCUUCACGUUGUCAUGUGUAUUCGGCACAUUCGCAAUAAUAUGUCAAUCGCCAUCAUUGUAUGACACUCGUCAACCAAUCGAUCGUCAGCUGAGUGAAAUUCCGUUAAGGAAGAAUAAUUUUAUGCUGCCACCGGAUAUUGUGCGACAAAUUGUAAAUUAAGUCGCCGAAGGAGGCUAUGAGUAGCCAGUUGGAAAACAUUUGAAAAAGGAAUAAAAUACAAAACUAUAAAACUGUAAAAUGGCUACUGAAAGUGUUAAUGUGUAAUGUUGUAUUCCAAAACAUUCAUGCAUGUGUUUAAUUC